AUGUAUUCCCCUAAAGUAGGCGACAGGAUAGAAAGCCUGGACACGCCAUCCAUGAUCGCAGACCUUGAUCUCAUGGAAGCAAACCUCAAGAAGCUUAUGGAUAAGCUGCUCCCAACAGGGCUCAAUAUACGCCCGCAUCUCAAAACGACAAAAAGCGCUAUUAUUGCCGGCAAGAUGGUCAAAGCUGGCGCGAAGGGAGGGUGCGUGGCAAAAGUGAGCGAAGCGGAAGCCAUUGCAGCCACUGGGUUCGACGACCUGCUCAUUACAUGCGAAAUCGUGGGCCCCGCCAAGGUUAAGCGGCUGGUAGAGUUGUAUCGCAAGCACCGAAAAAUCAGGAUUGUGGUUGACAGCGAAAUCGGCGCAACGGCCAUCAACGAGGUGUUGGCCAGUUCGGGCAUCGAUGAUCCCAUCAUGGUUCUGAUUGACUUGGAUGUUGGGCUCCACCGGACUGGUGUUAAGCCAGGCGACCCAGCUUUAACCCUGGCACAACACAUUGCCGGGCUCAAACAUUUAAAGCUCAUCGGAGUCCAAGGCUACGAGGGCCAUCUGCAGCACCUCCAUGACCGGGAGGACCGCAAAACCCAAUGCCUGGAAUCUAUGCAGAUUUUGACCGGCACUGCUGAUUCGUUACGCAAGGCAGGCUUCAAUAUCGAGGUCGUCACUACGGGGGGUACUGGCACAGCGGAAUUCUGUGCCACGGUGCCUGGCGUGACAGAGCUGCAACCGGGAUCCUUUAUCUUUAUGGACACGGACUACCGUAAUGCGGUUGGCUCGUUCUACUCCAAUAGCCUGACAAUCCUGUCGACUGUUGUGAGUAAGCAAGGCCCCAGGGCUGUCACGAUCGACAGCGGGCUGAAGUCAUUGACGACCGACAGUGGCCUCGCAGAAUGCAAAGACUCGCGAUACACUUAUGGUGUUCUUGGAGACGAGCAUGGGUCCCUUACCUGGGAAGAGGGCACUCCUGCGCUUUCAGUCGGUGACCGUGUUGAAAUGAUACCAAGCCAUAUUGACCCCACGGUGAACCUACACGACGUUUAUUACGCUUGCCGGGGAGCUAUGAUUGAAGAAAUCUGGCCGGUUGACUCAAGAGGGAAGGUCCAAUAG